UCCUCCCGCCGCGUGGUUGCCGUGGCAACGGAAGAGAGCCGGCGACCUGGGUUCCGGAAGCCGGAGUGCUGGAGCUUGGAAGCUACCCUGGUCCAAGGAUGCUGAGUCCCGAGCGCCUAGCCCUACCGGACUACGAGUAUCUGGCCCAGCGACAUGUCCUCACAUAUAUGGAGGAUGCAGUGUGCCAGCUGUUAGAGAAUAAGGAAGAUAUUAGCCAGUACGGCGUUGCCAGGUUCUUCACUGAAUAUUUUAACAGUGUAUGUCAGGGAACUCACAUUCUCUUUCGGGAAUUCAGCUUCAUCCAGGCCACCCCUCACAAUAGGGCAUCAUUCUUACGGGCCUUCUGGAAAUGCUUCCGAACUGUGGGCAAAAAUGGCGAUUUGCUGACCAUGAGAGAGUAUCACUGCUUGCUGCAACUGCUGUGCCCGGAUUUCCCACUGGAGCUCACUCAGAAAGCGGCCAGGAUCGUGCUCAUGGAUGACGCCAUGGACUGCCUGAUGUCUUUUUCAGAUUUCCUUUUUGCCUUCCAGAUCCAGUUUUACUACUCAGAAUUCCUGGAGAGCGUGGCCGCCAUCUAUCAGGACCUGCUGGCGGGCAAGAACCCCAAUACGGUGAUUGUGCCGACGUCAUCCAGCGGGCAGCACCGUCAGCGGCCCCCUUUGGGUGAGGCGAGCCUGCUGGAGGGAGUGGAGGCCUCGCUGUUCUCCCAGUGCCUGGAGAACUUGUGCGACCGGCACAAGUACAGCUGUCCACCCCCAGCACUUGUCAAAGAGGUACUAAGCAACGUUCAGAGACUGACCUUCUACGGAUUCCUUGUGGCUCUUUCAAAGCAUCAUGGAAUCAAUCAAGCCCUAGGAGCUUUGCCUGACAAAGGGGACCUGAUGCACGACCCAGCCAUGGAUGAGGAGCUGGAACGGCUGGUGGUGAGGUCGAGGCUGCACUGGACCUCGCGGCAGCACAGGGCCGAGGAGCCAGGGGCCUUUGGUUUUCAGAGAAGAGACAAGCUGGAGGCCCCGGAGAGCAUGCCCUCCGCUUCGGCACCAUCGCCCUACCCAUGUCGGUGGGAGCCCAGAGAGUGAGCCAGGGGCCUGCACUGGGCAGGGAGACGGGAUCCAGGAAGGACACGACUUCACUCAGACCAAGAGCGGCCCAGGGCCCUGCCAAGGAUUUAUUUGACACCACUCUGUUUCAAUACAAACAGUCCAGAAAGAAAGUCAAGUCCCUUUGGGGGAGGGGGCAAGGGAAGAAUGGUCUGUGUGGCUUAGGAGCCCAUCCCCCGUCCCCCAGCGGGCAGGGUGGGCCCCAACAGGCAGCACAGCAGGGGGAGAGGGCACCGGGGAUAACACAGUGCACGGCCAGGGGACAAGGCCUGCAAUUCUGUCGGUGCCUCACGCUCUCACUAGGGGGGGUGCUGUCCAGGCCCCCCUUAAGACCAGGAUGAUACAGAAGAAAGCUGAACCCCCAAAGCCUGCUUCUGUCCCUCAUGCCCUCUGCUUUCUUGGCCAGCAUUACGCUCACAGCAUCCAGAGCAGGGCACAGGGCAGAUGAGACCCGGCAUGGCCACCAAGCAGGGGAAGAAGGGACAGAGGGGCCUGUGCUCCACACCGGGUGGGAUGGAAGGACUCUGAGACACUCAGGAGCAGCAUCCCUCAAGUGAUCACUGUAAAAAGGGGUGGUGAGACAGGACACGACCACUCGGGCCUCCAGUCUGAUCCCAAGUAAAACCUUUAGGUACUGGGUCAAGUUUCUAGCCCUUAAUAAGGCCCGGACGAAGGUCCUUCCCCUCCCCUGCCAUCUCCUGGCAGCAGAAGAGGCCACUGGAGCAGCAAGAGCAGCAAGUCCAGAGCCUCCCUCCCCUGGGGGCUGGUCCACAGCAGAACUCUUUCUAGACCUGCCCACAGGUUCCAGACGAGGGGGGCCAAACACCGGACAACUUGGAAGGAUCCUAGAGCUGGCAAAAAAGCCUAUACGUCUCACUUUCCCUACUCGGGGAAGGGACGGACCCAGCAGAAGUUCGCCUGAGGGAACUCCUCCCCUCGCUCCCAGCGUCGCCAGACAAGGGAGCAGCAGCUUGGUUGGGGGGGGGGGGGGCAGGAUCAAAGGACAGUGUCUAGCACAUGGGCCAGGGGGUGUGAGGGGAGGAGAAUUAGAGGGCUCAGUCUACAGGCAGAGGUCAAGGCUGGAACUGCCCAUCCCCCCCUCACCCGAGAUACUCAAAAGCCACCCAACUCACACACAACACAUAAAGUAACAAUUCCUCCCCAGCUUCCAAAAGGCAAGCGCCCCUGGCCUUGGAAUCGUGGGGGUUUUGCAGCUAUUGCCACCAAAUGCUUGAGCCGUGGCGCCUGGAUCAGUAGGAACCAUAGCGAUCCUGGACAUGGGGGAAGAAGAAAACAAAGUCCAAGCCCCUCGCUGGCAGCAGCACCCCCACACUCUGGCAGGACUAGGGUACCCCGGGGAUCGGGCUCCCAUCUCACUAGGGCAGACAGAGUUUUGUAUUUUACUGUGACUCAGGGAAGGGGCUGUGGCCAGAUCCCAAGGGGGAAGCCCUGCCUGAUCUUAAAGCUGGGGAGGCAGGAGAAAGAAGGGGAAGGUGACAAGGCCGGAGAAAUCAGUGCAGGCACGGCAUCCUCUCAGGGAGCGGCCCAGGCCCGGCACCCAGCUCAAAGGAGAGAAGCUGUCCCUCCAGGAAAAGAAAAAAACUCUUUUUUGGGCUCAGGAGCUGGCCAGCAGCAGUGUCUGAAAGUGGUAAAGGCCAACCUCCCAGGACGACUCUCUGCGGCUUUACCCUCCUGCCGCAGGCCAAAGAGCCCCAGCCUCACCUGCAAAGAGUUCAUCACACCGUUGGCCAGCACGGCCAUCUUCCCGGCCACAGACUUGACACCCUGCUUAAACUGGGCAAUGUCCGCCGUGGGGAGCACGUUGCCCAAAGAUACGCUACCUGUAAAGGCAAGGGAAAGGGGGGUUUAGAGCCCUGUGGGCAGCACUUCCCAGCCCACAGGCCCUUCCAGUCCCGCUCACGGGCCAGGCCCAGUGUGCACCUUACCCGUGCAGCCCUACCUGCUCCAUGAGUCCCAUCCACGUCCCCGAAGAGGUCAGAAGAGCUGAUGGCACUGCUUCCUGAGAGCUGCUGGAGUCGAGACCGGGCUUCGUGCUGUGGUGAGGAAAGAGGAAGGCCUAGGGAAUGUUUUGGCCAAAGACUCAAAAACUCCUUAUCCGCCGAGACCACUCGGUGCUGAAGCCCAAAGCAACCACAAGGAGGAAGCUCCCACCCCACCUGCUGCCUCCAGGCUCAGAACCGACAACUCCACUUACCUCAGCAUCCACCUCCCUCCCGAAGAACAUGUCCGAUGAGAUGGCUUUGGCUCCUGCAAAUUUCUGGCGCGCUUCGCUGGACUCGAGGCCUGAGCUCCGGCUUUCCACCUCCCUUCUGUUUGUGACUCUGCGGGGUGGAUGUGGGAUACCUCUGAUCCUUCCCAUUACCAUCGGAGCCCAGUCGUACUAAUCCCAUUACUAACAGAGACUGCAACAGUGCCAGUGGCCUCCUGCGCUGCUCACUGUGGCCCCAUCUGGCUGUGGCCCUGGGACUCAUGGACCCUCUUUCCUGGACGAGAUCCCUCUCUUCCCCACACUGAAGCUGGGGCACAAGAGAGCUUAUGGUGCCUCUGCCAGGCCGCACGGACAUGCAGUUUAGAGGGGACCAGUCUUCUGCCCCGAACUUCUAGAGCGUCAUCAAAGUCUAGGACAUCAAUACAUCACUACUGCCAGUCUCCUCCAAAUGAUGACUGGCCUAACACUAGGGUGACCAUAUGACUCUGUCCGCCUGAGUUUAUACCUACUCUUCUGGCAUUUUCACCCUCAAAAGCCUCCCAGUGUGGACCUAAGUGUCUGGUCACUCUCAUCUCCCACUGACAUGCACAGACCCUGGCCUAGGUGCUUUGUAAGUUUCGUUACAUUUAAUUCUUCCAGGGACCCUGUGAAGUCACUACUUAUGUCCCUAUUUUACAAAUGAUUUGCAGGCCAUUCAUCAGUUAAAUCUUGCCCAGAUGAUAAUAAGCUUAAAAAGAAAAAAGAAAAAAAAAAGUAACAUGGUGACCAGAGACCCAUAAAUCC